GUUUGUAGUUUUUUUUAAAAAAUCCGCAGAGGUUGCGCGCACAUAUACGCACGCCACUUGGCAGAGUCACGCCUGCGCGUGUAACAGCAUUCUCAUUGCUAAUUAAAUCAGAAGGGGAGCUUUAGGGAUGCGGAGUAGACAAAAUACGCGGGAGGUCCUGUUACAGAUAGAAUAGUGCAUUGCAAACAGUCAAUUCAUUUGGAAAAAAAACUGCAGCUGCAAAGAGAAAUUUGUGGCUUACAUCCUGUCAGACAGAAGUUUCUGUUGGUUGGUUGACCUCUCAGGCUCCCCUGUCUCGUUCCCUAACCAAUCGGAGAGAACGACGUUCUGAACGAUCGCCUCGGUGGAAGGGAGGAAUAAAAAGAAGGGGGGAGACUAAAGGAAUUAGACGCUGGAACAAGAAGUAAAAGGAUGAAUUUCAAAAAAGUGUGUUUGUUAACGCUUCUUCUGGCGCUGACUCAGCUUGCUAUAUUAGUCAACUCCCAAGCUGAAGAACAAGGGGGCGACUUUGUUGCCACAGAGGGGACUGAUGAUGAAGACGACGACAGUGACGACGACAGUGACGAUGACAAUGACGAUACUUCAGAAGUAAAAGAGGAAAAUGGUGUGUUGGUAUUGAAUGAUGCAAACUUUGAUACUUUUGUUGAAGGCAAGGAUACUGUCCUGCUGGAGUUCUAUGCCCCAUGGUGUGGACAUUGCAAGCAGUUUGCACCAGAAUAUGAAAAAAUAGCCAAAGCACUGAAAGAAAAUGAUCCUCCCAUCCCAGUUGCCAAAAUAGAUGCUACAUUAGCCUCUGCUGUGUCAAGUCGCUUUGAUGUUAGUGGCUACCCAACUAUCAAAAUUCUGAAGAAAGGGCAGCCUGUGGAUUAUGAAGGCUCAAGAACAGAAGCAGAAAUUGUGGCCAAAGUGAGAGACGUUUCACAGCCUGAUUGGAUCCCUCCACCUGAAGCCACAUUAGUGUUGACUAGCAAUAACUUUGAUGAAACCGUGAAUGAGGCUGACAUAAUCCUGGUUGAAUUCUAUGCUCCAUGGUGUGGACACUGCAAGAGAUUGGCUCCAGAAUAUGAGAAAGCAGCUAAGGAGCUUAGCAAGCGAACUCCUCCUAUCCUCCUUGCUAAAGUUGAUGCUACUGCUGAAACAAACCUUGCAAAGAGAUUUGAUGUCUCGGGGUACCCAAUGCUCAAGAUCUUCCGCAAGGGGAAACCUUUUGACUACAAUGGCCCAAGAGAAAAAUAUGGCAUUGUUGAUUACAUGAUAGAACAAGCUGGCCCUCCAUCCAAACAGAUACAGGCUAUCAAACAGGUACAAGAACUUGUGAAAGAUGGAGAUGAUGUUAUUGUUAUUGGGGUGUUUAAAGGAGACCAGGAUCCAGCCUACCAACUGUAUCAAGAUGCUGCUAACAACCUAAGAGAAGAAUACAAGUUCCAUCAUACCUUCAGCAAUGAGAUUUCAAGCUUUUUGAAAGUGGAUCUUGGGAAACUGGUGGUGAUGCAGCCUGAAAGAUUUCAAUCAAAAUAUGAGCCUAAAAUGCAUGUUUUGGAUAUUAAAGAAUCCACUGAUGCCACUGAAGUGGGAGACCAUGUGGUGAAGCAUGCCUUGCCUCUUGCUGGUCAUCGCAAAACUGCCAGCCAUGCUGAGAGAUAUGCUAAGAGACCUCUGGUGGUAGUUUAUUAUACAGUAGACUUCAGCUUUGAUUAUCGCGUUGCUACUCAGUACUGGCGAAAUAAAGUCUUAGAAGUGGCUAAGGAUUUCCCAGAAUAUACUUUUGCAAUUGCGGAUGAAGAAGAUUAUUCUUCUGAAAUGAAGGACUUGGGACUGAUUGACAGUGGAGAGGAUGUCAAUGCUGCUAUCUUUGAUGAAGGUGGCAAGAAAUAUGCCAUGGAACCAGAAGAGUUUGACGCUGAUGUGCUGAGAGAAUUUGUUUCCUCAUUCAGAAAAGGUAAACUGAAACCCAUCGUGAAAUCCCAACCAAUACCAAAAAAUAACAAGGGUCCUGUGAAGAUUGUAGUUGGUAAAACAUUUGAAUCUAUAGUGAUGGAUCCAAAUGCUGAUGUUCUCAUUGAGUUCUACGCUCCCUGGUGCGGACACUGUAAGAAGCUUGAGCCCAUCUAUAAUGAACUGGGUAAAAAAUACAAAACCCAGAAAAAUCUGAUCAUUGCCAAAAUGGAUGCUACUGCUAAUGAUGUCACCAAUGAUAAUUACAAAGUAGAAGGAUUCCCCACAAUUUAUUUUGCUCCUAGUAAUAAGAAAAAGAAUCCUAUUAAAUUAGAAAGUGGGGAACGAGAUCUGGAGAACUUGAGCAAAUUUGUAGAAGAACAUGCCACCAAACUAAGUAGGACAAAAGAAGAGCUUUAGGAGGGGAACAAGGAUAAUUGUUGAAGAGUCAAUGCAGAGUUACUGAAAGUUUGGUUAGGGAAAUCAACUUAGCAACUGAAGCAAAGAGGAUUUGGGGGUAGCAGAACAAUGCAGUAUGAGAUUUUUGUAUUACAAAAGAAAUCUGAACACUGAACUCUUUGAUGUGAAUGGUUUUUAUUAGUUUAAACAGUUUUGUUCUGAGAAAAAUACAUUUAUUUUUUGUGACUAA